GUCUGUCAAUUUAGUCAAAGCUCUAUUUCCGGGUUUGAAAGUUGUUGCAAAACAGCGUCUAUCUACUUCACGGGCAAGAGGACAGCCGUCUGUUACUCCACGGUUUAUAGGAAGCAUCCCUUCUUCUAUAAGAUGCUAGCUGAGGUGUUUCAGGUGCUGCGGGGAGCAGGGAAGGUUGGCCAUGCAUUUGCCAACACACAAGGGGAGAUGCUGAGGCUAAUGGCCUGUAACUCCACUCUGGGCACUGGCGUCAAAGCUGCCCAGGAGGUGGUCGAGGGCAUGAUGGGCACAGUCAUGGGUGGUGCUGCCAUGCAACAGUCCAUCAAGGAGGAUGUGUUCCCUGAUGCUGAGGGAUGGGAGGAAAUAGAUCCGGACGAGGCUGCUAAAUGGGCGGUGGGCUCCGAAUUCCCACCAGGCCUAGAGGCCACAGAGAUGCCCAGCGGAGCGCCUCUCAGCCCAGCUGGGGGUUCAAGGGGAGCAGGCUGGCCCGGCCAAAGUUCCCGGUUCCUGCACAUUGCCUCGACACAAUGGCACAGCAGGUUUUUCCAUGACUCAGUAGUGGCCAGACUCACCCCAGAGGACAUCAAGAAGGCCAGGGAGUCCAAGCAGGCAUUUGCCAGGCCUAUUGUUAAGCAGAAGCUUAGUGAUCGUGCAAGAGAGAGGAAGGUCCCUGCCACGAGAAUCAGCAGGCUGGUUAACUUCGGGGGUCUGGCAGUCGGGCUGGGACUAGGUGCCAUUGUAGAGGUGGCGAAGCAAUCUAUGGGCGCCAAGCGUGCAGAGGGUGCCCUGUUGGACUCGCCUCUCUUGUCUGAGGCCAAUGCUGAGAGGAUAGUGAACACCUUGUGCAAAGUCAGAGGGGCAGCCCUCAAAAUAGGACAGAUGCUCAGUAUACAAGAUAACUCCUUCAUAAACCCCCAGUUACAGAAAAUCUUUGAGCGGGUCCGACAGAGCGCGGACUUCAUGCCCGCCUGGCAGAUGAAUAAAGUUCUGGAGGAGGAGCUAGGUGCGGGCUGGAGGGAGAAGCUGUCGUCGUUUGAGGACAGGCCCUUCGCCGCCGCAUCAAUUGGCCAGGUGCAUCACGGGAUGCUGCAAGAUGGCAGGGAGGUCGCCAUGAAGAUCCAGUACCCAGGAGUAGCUGAGAGCAUCCACAGUGACAUCAACAACCUGAUGUCUGUGCUGAAGAUGAGUCUUGUUCUACCAGAGGGCUUGUUUGCAGACAGUAGUCUAGAGGUCCUUCAAAGAGAGCUGGCAUGGGAGUGUGACUACAAGAGAGAGGCGGAGAGUGCCAAGCAUUUUAAGUCACUUUUGGCAGAUGACCCAUUUUUCCACGUGCCAUUUGUGGUGGACGAGCUGUCAGGAAGGAGAGUUCUGGCCAUGGAGCUGGUGUCAGGGGUACCGCUGGACAGCUGUGUCGAUCUGGACCAGGAGACAAGGAACCAGAUCUGCUUCAAAAUCCUACAGCUGUGUCUGAGAGAGCUCUUUGAGUUCCGCUUCAUGCAGACGGACCCCAACUGGGCCAACUUCUUUUACAACGCUGAGCAGAACAAGAUUAUUCUGUUGGAUUUCGGUGCGUGCCGGGAUUACCCUGAGGCCUUCACAGAUGAUUACGUACAGGUGGUGCACGCAGCCUCCAUCGGAGAUAGGGAGACUGUCCUGGAGAAAUCCAAGGACCUUAAGUUCCUCACAGGGUUUGAGGCCAAGGCGUUCCAGGAUGCCCACGUGGAGGCGGUGAUGAUUCUGGGUGAGGCCUUCACCAACUCUGACCCCUUUGACUUUGGCACCCAGAGCACCACGCAGCGGAUCCAGAGCCUGAUCCCCGUCAUGCUGCGUCACCGCCUCACCCCGCCCCCGGAGGAGACCUACUCCCUGCACCGCAAGAUGGCCGGCUCCUUCCUCAUCUGUUCUAAGCUUGGUGCCAAAAUCGCCUGCAAGGACAUGUUCCUGGACAUCUACAACUCCUACCAACAGCGGCGGCUGGAGAAGGCUGCCUAAAUUUAGGCCUAGAUAGGGUCAAAGGUCAUUACUAGUGGUCACCCUCUCUGACUGCACCCUAGUGGGCAGAACUGACUGUCCAACUCCCAUGGCUGUGUACUAUGUUUAUUUAAGAUAUUGUAACUGCACUAUACGGGUGAUACACAGACUCCCAGCACUUUGACUCUGUCAGUGACUUGAUGCCACUCAAACUCAGUGAGGUGGUCUGGCAGUAAGGAGUGAGAGGCAGAAAGAAUCAUUUGUAUGAUUUGAAUCACUUGAGAUUGGUGUUAAUAAUAAUUGUGUAAAGGUAUGGUCCAACUUGAUGUACAAAUAAUUGAUUUGAGUUGUCUCUCUGUUAAGGGAAAAGGUCAUGUUUUGAGUGUUGGAUUGUAUUUUUUAUGUGCCCUGGUCCAAUGGUUUCCAUCGAACUGUAAUGUUUAAUGCUAAUGCCACAAACGUUGCCUUUGUUUCUGAAAAUGGCAGUGUUUUUCCCUCAAAGCCAUUUUUACACUGAAAGUGAGGUGGAUGUUAUUGUAACACACUACAAAGAUUGCUCUUUCAGAUACUGUCUUCAACAGGUGUGUUUUUUAGCCCAAAAUAUAAUGUGGGGAAUAUUUAAUGCCGGGAAAUAACUUCUAUACAAGGUUUAUUUCACUGCCUUUUUUUUUGGUUGCAUUAUUAUCCGUCUUCUAAAUGUAUUUCCAUGGCAUGUUGAUGAGCAUUGUUCUACGUAUUUUAAAGGACUGUUUGAUGGAAACCCUAAUGUCCUCGAAAACAGUAUGAUAAAAUAGUCCAGCUAGAUGACGCCGUCUGUAAAAAAGCAUCCGCAUAAAUGUGUGCAUUGAUGUUCUGUUCCAUGCACUUUGGGACCAUACUCCACCUCCAUAACACAUAAUCAAUUAUUAUUCUGUGGGUGACCAUCCUUGCAAUAAACAGUUGACUAAAAGGGA